AUGGCACGACAUUCGGAUUCAGAGCAAGAAGAAUACAGUGAUCAAUACGACGAGAGUGAACAGGAAUAUAGCGACAACGAUCCCAUGAGUGAGGACGACCAUGACGAAGAAUCAGACGAGGAAGAAAGCGAAGACGAGCAACCUGAUCGAGAACAUAUGGAAAAGCUCAAGCGAAGUUUGGCACAUGUAUCAUUUGAGCAGUUGGCUGAGGUGCAAGACAAGAUGGGCAUGAAAGAAUUCAGCAAAGCACGAGCAGGUGGUGUUGACAAGACCGAAUCAACAAAGAACGUACGCUCUGUUUCGAAGGCGCAAAUUCUUGAAGAUGUCAAAGGGGCUGUGAGCAAAUUGGACAAAGGGGCUCGGAUACGACGUACAAAGAACGACAUGAAGCGUGCAAAUAAACACAGCCCAAUGGAAGUAUCAUCCAAAAGAGCGGUUGGCCGUUUCCGUGAAGUGGUCGAACUCAACAAGCCGAAAGUGCGGGAUCCUCGCUUUGAGAAGCUUUCUGGACAUUUUAAUCAAGACCUUUUCGAAAAGUCAUAUGCAUUCCUUGACGAUUACAAGAAAUCCGAGCAAGAUUUACUGCGUCAGCAAAUCAAAAAAGCAAAGAAUCCUGAGCGCCGUGAAGAGUUACAGCAAUUACUGCUAAAAAUGACAACUCGUGAAGCAUCAGCCCAAGAAGCUAAGCGGAAACAGCAAUUGAAACGUGAGCGUAAGAAGGCUGAAGCCGAGCUUGUGAAACAAGGCAAGACACCCUAUUUCUUGAAGCGAUCCGAACAACGAAAGUUGGAAUUGAUGGACAAGUACGAGAAAUUGGGAGAGAAGAAUAUGGACAAGAUCCUUGCCAAACGAAGAAAGAAGAAUGCAGCCAAGGAUCAUCGUCGUUUGCCAUUCAAGAGGCGAUCGGAGUAG